UCGCUUCUGUUGUUGUUGUUGUUUUAAUAAAUACCCCAAACUCCACCGAGACUAAGGUUUGUACUUAGAAAGUAAAAUGAAUUAGAUAUACUGUUGUUUUUUUGCGGUUGUUUGUAUGUACCGUUAAAACAAACCGUCCCGUAAACACAAACUAGUUACGUAUCCACAAGGUGCGCACGCGUCCUGGCAACGGAAGUUGACCGUUGUUGUUGCUGUGGGUAACUUCCUCAGCAGAAGCUAACGUACAACAACUGGACCCUAAAAGUGAAAAAUGUUGGACUGCUGCGUGUCUGGCUGUGAAAAUCGACGCUCCUCAAUCAGCAAACUAAAGUUUUACAAAUUACCGUGUGGCUCUGGGCCGUUUCAAGCCAACCGAAGACGAUUAUGGAUACAAGCAAUCCAACAGGCAAACGGCAGCACCGAGGAGCUCAAAGGAAGUGCUCGUAUCUGUGGCGCUCACUUUAAGUCAAAGGAAGCCUCCAUGGACCACGACCAUCCUGACUUUGUGCCCUCGGUGUUUACAUGCGCUCAACAGAGACCCAAGAAAACAGUGAAAAGGAUUUACGGUCAUAGAAAAAGAUUACAGCGUACAGCCAAAACAGAAGAAACACCCAAAACAGAAGAAACAGAAGAAACACCCAGAGGUUUUUCUCCUGUGGACUUUGAUUCUUCUUUUUCGACUGAGGAAGGAGAAGCAUUAACUGAAGAAGCUGAGUUUGAAAGUGAAAACACAUCAGGCAAAUCACAAACAGCAUCCAGCCCAAAGACGGCAUCACCAUCAUUUAAAAUACCAGCAGGCAUCCUAGGACUAGACAAAAGAAAACCCAUUGUGCUCCUAAAAGAUAUUUGUAUAUCAGCAGGUGGGUAUCAGUGCGACCAGUGCGAUCAGAGCUUCACAGAUGUACCUCAGCUCAUGAAACACAAACACCUGCAUGAAGAAGAAAGCUCCACUAUCUGUAUAAUUUGUGAAAAGUUUUUCAUGAGUCAAGCAGAUCUCACUCAGCACCACUGUGUCUGUGAGCCUUCCUUCCAAUGCAACAUCUGUGAUCGAUCUUUCACUUCAAAUCAUAACCUCAAGCGCCAUAAGCUGCUGCACGUCAAAGAUGGCAGGAAGUGUGGCACGUGUGGCGUACUUUUCUGUCAACGUCAUAACCACAUUUUAUACCUGCCAUCGGCUGAGACUGUAACUGAGUAUGAAGAGGAUUCCAGCAUCAUUCCGCCUCAAAAUUUGGACAGUAAUUUGCAGCCAGAAAACCAUCUGCUGGAGAAGCCUGAGCCAAGCGAGACUGCUGACCCGGAAGACAAUGCUCAGAGCACCAUGAUUGUUUCGCCUGUACACCCAAAGCCUGAACCUUUAUUCGAGACCGAUAAGGACCUAUCUCCAGUCUCACACAGUGGAAUGUCAUCAGAAAUCGCUGAACCAUUGUUUCUAAAACCUUCCUCUGUGUCACUUCUUCCUCCGCCAGUACCCAGGGUCUCAAAGAACACCUCAUCUCAGUUUAGGCCAACCUAUCCUGUCCGGCCCAUUCCUCCCCCAAACCUAGAACUCCCGCCCUCACUAAAGCUUUUUUCACCGCAGUUCCUCACCUCAGCAUUUCUUGAAGUGAAAAGAAAUUAUGAAUACAUUUUAAGCAAACCAGGAGGUGUAAAGAAAAAGAAGAAUGUUGUGAAGGAGGAACAAUGCGAGCUGCCUCUGAAUUCCCCAGUUGAGCACGUCAAAACUGAAAGAACUGCUUACGACCUGGAGAUUGUGCUCUGAUCAUAAAUGUGCCUUUGCUGUCUUAGCAAUAGUCUUAACCAAGAUUACUGAUUUACUACUGCAUUAAUAUCUGUUGCGUGUUGUCGCACUUUAACACUAUCCCGUAUUCUAUGCCAUUUUGUUUGAUAAAUGUAUCACUGCACACUUCUCUUCAGUAUAUUUUAAUGUCUGAACUUAUAAUGCUGCUAUUUUUUUUUAGUAAGAGUUCUGUAUUUAGGAUGUUGUCCCCUCUAUUUUACUGACAAGAUGACAUUUAUUUUUCCACUGUUUGGUAAAAAAAACACUAAGAAUCUUUAACUGACCUUGAUUGUAAAACUGUGCACCAGGUGUCUGCUGUAGUACAGUUUGUACGGUAAUAACCAGUUUAGUCUGAACAAAUUGACAUUUCUGUGAGAAAUGUCAUUAUCUCGUGUCAUACCUGAUUGGUCAGUGGAUUUAGUUUCCCCAUCUACCUCAGCACCCGGGAACCACAUGAAUAGUGUUUGAU